GAGAGUUCAUGCAGUAGGUCAAAAACAUCUGUAAGCAAACCAGAAACUACCUUCAGAAUGGUGUCGACAUCCGACUGUGUAAUCAAGACCAAAAUCAUAAAUGGGAAAAAGGUAUCCAAACCAUUGAUGGAGAAGAAAAGACGAGCGCGCAUAAAUAAAUGUUUGGACCAGUUAAAAUCUCUGCUGGAGAAUUAUUACACCAGCAAUAUUCGAAAACGCAAACUCGAGAAAGCGGACAUCCUGGAACUAACUGUAAAACAUCUGAGAAAUCUUCAGAAGAUCCAGAGUGGAUUUUCCAUUAACUCCGAGUUUGCUGAAUACCAAGCUGGCUUCAGGAGCUGCCUAGCAGGCGUGAACCAGUACUUGGCAGACAACUCGAGUGGGAGCAGCAGUCGUUUGACCAUGCUGACGCACCUUUCAAGCAGCCUGCACUGCACCGGAGGACAGGCUCAGAACUCCAGCACCGCGGACAGCGACACGGGAACAAAACAUGUGCUGCCCGAAACUGCUGUGUGCUGCCGGAUGCAAAGACGUCUUCCUUCGACAGUUGGGCACGAAGCGAGCAAGGCACCAACCAGUGUCCCCCUCGCCCGGUGCAUCAGGGCGCUCAAACCCCACAGCUCCAAACCGACUAAACUCUCCGCAGGGACCAGUCAAGUCAUCGUAUCCACAAAUAAGAUUAAACUAAAUAACAGUCUCAGCCCAUGCUACAGAAACAAGUGUCUCUCAAAUGGUCAAUACAGCCAUGCAGUUACCAUACACAAUGUUUGGCGUCCUUGGUAGCAUGUUGAAUAGAGAUUUAUUUGAACUGUUAAAUACUUUAUUGUGUAGUAUAUGCACGGUGUAGAUUUGUAUUUUCUAAAUACUGUUUUAA